AAAGAUUUUGACAAAAAUUUUGGAAUUUUCUUGGAGAGAAAAAAUCAUUAAAACACUAAUCAUGUGUAAACCCUUGAAGACGUUUUGUGUAUUACUUUAACGCGUUGAAAUUAACGAUGAUGGGAAUUGUUACGACGAAGACUUAUACUAACUUCGAUUUCUCCAAUAAAGGUUUUGGUGUUGGUGGUUUGAAACAGUUUGUGUACGGUAAUACUUUCAUAGUUCUCGAUGCUUUCUGGGUUUCUUUCUCUAAUCUCUUCUUCUUCAGAGUUGAUUCAGACAAAGAGACAAGUUUGGUCGUGUUCGAGAAACAGAACACAAACGGUUCCUCUGUUUACGGAGAUUAUCAAGAUCAAAAGCAAAUAUGUGGAACACAAGACGAUGAUCAGAUGGAAAGUUCUCUGGUUUCGAUUAGCAAGAGAUGCGAGUUUUAUUCCGACAACAAAAGUAUUGUUGGUUUUGUAGAAGAACCUCAAGCGUUUAGCUUUAAGUUUCAUGAGUACUCUGCUAGUACUGUUCAGGAGGAGGAGAAGAAGAAGAUGGUGAGUUUCUCUGAUGAAAACACGAGUUCCACGGUUUUGGAGAAAUCAGAAUCAGAGGAGGAACACGUGAAAGAAGAGAUGUUGGUUUAUGAGUUCAUGAGUUGUGGUGUUUUAAAAGAAUCAUUAGUUCACGAGAAUUUUGUUGGUGGUGAAGAAAACUUGUUUGAUGAUGAUGAAGAUGGGUUUAUAGAACUAAACCCAAGUUUACAGAUUUCUAACUUUUCUUAUGGAGAAGAAGAGGAAGAAGAAGAGUUUAUGCAGAGAGAAGAAGAGAUGAAAAUGGGUUUUGAUGAACAAGAAGAGGUAUAUGAUGAGUUUGAUGAUGGUUCAGAUUCAGAUGAUGAUGAGUUUGAGCAUAGUGAUGUGAUUGAGAAGUUGAAAACGGAACUAAGGAUCGCAAGAACAGGAGGAUUGUGCACUAUUCUUGAGGAAUCAGAGACUCCAUUAGAAGAGCUGAAACCACUCAAGAUCGAACCAAAACCAGAUCAGCACAAAGACAGAAUUGCUGAGAUUCACAAGGUUUACAAGAACUAUGCGGUUAAAAUGCGAAAACUCGAUGUCAUCGAUUCUCAAACAAUGCAUUCCAUCAGUUUGCUUAAGUUAAAAGAUUCAUCUAAACCGAGCAGAAACAUCGUUAAACCGCCUAAAUCGUCUCUGCAUCAGAAUAUAUGGCCAUUCAAGAAACAUAAGCUUGAAUGUGACCCGAUUGAGAGACUUGUGAAAGAAGCAAGCAGAGACUUUGAGACUGUCUAUGUAGGCCAAGUUUGUCUCUCGUGGGAGAUGCUUCGAUGGCAAUACGACAAAGUCUUGGAAUUUGAUUCUCAGGUUACUACUUAUCAAUACAAUUUAGUAGCUGGAGAGUUUCAACUAUUCCAAGUUCUGCUUCAACGGUUUGUGGAGAAUGAACCGUUUCAAAACUCCUCUAGAGUUGAGACUUACUUAAAGAACCGUCGCCAUUUCCAUAAUUUUCUUCAGAUUCCACUUGUUAAAGAUGACCGUUCCUCAAAGACUAACAAGAAAUGUAGAAACGAAGGGGAAUUCGCGGUAAAGAUUGAAAUGUUGAGAGAGAUUAUCCGAGAAUCCAUGAGUGUUUUUUGGGAGUUUCUUUGUGCAGACAAAGACGAGUUUACUUCAAUAAUGAAAGUUUCUCACCAAACUCAAGUCUCUCCACAAGAUCCUCUAGACCUUGAGCUCUUGACAGAUAUCAGAACUGAUCUCCAAAAGAAGGAGAAGAAGCUAAAGGAAAUAUUGAGAAGCCAAAGCUGUAUAGUGAUGAAGUUAAAGAAGAAUGAGUCAAAGAGUAAUGUUGGUGUGAAGGAUGAGUUACUAAUAGCUCAAAUCGAACUGAGACUGGUUUCAAGAGUGAUGAACAUGUCGAAACUUACCACCGAGAAGUUAGUUUGGUGUAGGGAGAAACUUGAUAGGAUCAGCUUCAACGGUCGGAAGAUUCACAUUGAACCAUGUUUCUCAUUGUUACCUUGUUGAGCCAUCUCUGCCUAUAGAUUAGAUCAUAGAUAUUGGAAUAUUAUGGCUUCAGAUCCGGGAAGAUGUCUUUUUGUUGUUGUUCCUGAGAACAAAAUAUAUAUCUAGUGAUGAU